AUGAAUUGUCCUUCGAGAACAGAUGAGCCGUUGGAAGGUGAUGGAUAUAAUCAGAAUCCAAACGCCUUGGCAAAUGAUCUCACCACCCGAGAGGAUUUGAACGGUCGAGCAAACGGAAGAGCAUUGAGGAGAAGUUUGGAGGAUGAAGGCGUAGAGUCAAUUCAUGAUCUGGUAGAGGAUACUGGAGAUGGGAAGGCGACGGGGAGUGCGAAGGGUGUUGGAGGGGGGGCUGGGGGUGAUAGGGGUGGUGGGGAUGGAGGGAGAGGCGGUGGAGACGGGAAGAGUGGUCACGUGGUUGAACCUUCUGUUGAAACUCUCGAUAUCCGAGAUCAAUCGAGAGGUAGAAGGGGAGCAGGCUAUGGAAGAAAUUGUCUCCAUGUCUCGAGAGAACAACUCGUGAAAAUGAAGCAGGUCAUGGUCAAAUUUGCAAAAUUCGUGGGUCCGGGCUUCAUGGUUGCGGUGGCAUAUAUUGAUCCGGGAAAUUAUGCGACGGAUGUGGCUGCAGGUGCAACUUAUCGAUUUAAGUUGUUGUUUAUUGUGUUGAUGUCAAAUAUCUUUGCCAUCUUUUUGCAAAGUCUUUGUAUCAAGUUGGGUACUGUUAGUGGAUUGAAUUUGGCGGAGGCCUGUAGAGCUUUCUUGCCAAAAUGGAUGAAUUAUGCCUUGUAUAUUUUGGCUGAGGGUGCAAUUAUCGCUACAGAUAUUGCAGAGGUGAUUGGUACAGCUAUUGCUAUCAAUCUUCUGAUACCUCAGAUACCCUUGGUUGCUGGUUGUGCUUUGUCGAUUCUCGAUGUUUUGAUUCUUCUUGUAUUUUAUCCUGGAAAUGGUGAAAUGAAGAGAUUGAGAUAUUUUGAAAUAUUUGUGGCGGCAUUGGUAUUGGGUGUUGUUGUUUGCUUUUGCAUUCAAUUGUCCCUCAUCAAAGAUACUUCAGUAGGGGAGGUUUUCAAGGGAUACUUGCCUUCCAAAGCAAUUGUAGAACAAAAGGGACUCUACCAAGCAUGUGGUAUUUUAGGAGCAACUGUCAUGCCUCACAGUCUCUAUCUAGGAAGUGGCAUUGUCCAACCACGACUCCUCGCUUAUGACAAGGACAAUAAUAUUGUCAAAAAAGAUUUUGAUCUGGGUACCAAGGAACCAUACUACCCCUCUCUUCCCGCCAUCAAAUUCUGUCUCAAAUACUCCUACGCCGAGCUAGCAAUUUGUCUCUUCACUUUCGCCCUCUUUGUCAAUUCCGCGAUUCUCAUCGUAGCCGGAUCAGCCCUCUAUAAUAACCCUGCGGCUCCAGAGGCUGAUCUUUUCGGUAUUUAUGAUUUACUCGUGUCGAGUAUUUCGAAAGGUGCUGGAACCAUUUUUGCUCUCGCUCUAUUAUUAUCGGGUACGAGUGCUGGCAUUGUUUGUACCAUCGCCGGACAAAUGGUUUCAGAAGGUGCAUUAAAUUGGACUAUCAGACCAUGGUUACGACGUCUUAUAACGAGAAGUCUGAGUAUCACACCUAGUAUUAUCAUUGCCGGAGCUGUUGGUCGUGAAGGUCUAUCAGCUGCUUUGAACGCUAGUCAAGUAGCUCUUAGUAUUGUUCUUCCAUUUGUUACGGCACCGCUUAUCUAUUUCACGUGUCGUAAUAGAUAUAUGACGGUGAGAUGUCAGGGGAGACGAGCCGCGUUCGGAAAUGAUGAUGAGAAUGUGAGGGGAAAUGGAGAUGCAACGUUGGAGACGGAAAGUGUGUAUGAGCAUGAAGGCGCGGGGUUGGGGGUCGAAACGGGCGAGGGAACGAAAAUGAGAAACCAUUGGAUUACGGCGGCGGUGGCAGGAGUUAUUUGGACAAUUAUGGCGGCGAUGAAUGUGGCUAAUUUGGUGUUGCUUGGGAAGGGUGAUGGGGUGUGA